AUGCCUGUGCACGGCAUAGUCCCGAGGCCGCUUCGGUCCGCCGCGACGACGCCUGCGCCCGCCACAGUCCCCAGGCCGCUUAGGUCACGCGCGAUGACGAUACCCGCGCCCGCCAACGUCUCCCGGCCUCUUCGGCCCCGCGCGCCGAUGUCCGAGCCCGCCAAUUUCUCUCGGCCGCUCCGGUCCCGCGCUCCGAAACCCAAGCCCAAGCCCGCAAUGAUCCCGCGGCCUUUGCGGUCGCUCACGACGAUCGAGUCGCGCGAGCACCACCGACGGAUGGCGAGCUUUCUCGCGCACAGCUGGACGAUGGGUGAGCUUCUAGACGCGCGGGCGCAGCGGCUCGAGUACAUCGUCGAGCUGGAGGCGGAGCUCAAGGUCCGCGACGAGGAUAUCCGCGUCAAGAGCGAUUUGGCGAAUUUCAAGAAUUCGGCGUAUACAGAGGCGUGUGACGCGCGUAAUCAGGUGUUUGCCAUGCUCAGGGCGGCCUACACGCAGGACUCCACGGCGUAUUUUGCCGCCAGCAGGAGGUUCCAUGAUGUUAAGGCGAAUGCGAGGGACCUGGCGGACUGGGGGUCCCAGGUCCAGGAUAGGCUCAAUGAUGAUACUAUCUAUAAUAGGAUGCAGGCUACCCUGAAGAGCUGCAAGGACGUGGUCAAGAAGUGUGAAGAUGAAGAAGAAGAUAAGGCCAAGGGUCCGAUGCCCAAAGGUCUUCUCUAG